AUGAAUACUUAAACCUCAUUAUAGCUCUAUUCAGCAGAAAAUUCAAAUACAUUAAAAGUCUAGGAACAGGAGCAUUUGAUUAAAUAUAUUCAGAUGCUUUUGAUGGAUAUGAUGAUGCAAAUUAAGAUUAAAUGUUCAGAAACAAAAUAUACUUAGUUAAUUUUUGAGUCUAAAUUCUACUGGUUUUUUAAAAAUCAAGCAAUAAUAGAUAUACCAAAAUAUUAUAGUUAUUUUUGA